UAAAUUUGUACUAAAACUCAAAAUUUGAUAAAUAAGUAUCUCACGAUUAAACUUUUUUUUUUGUUCAUAAUCACGCAUAAUCUUCUGUAGCAAAUUUGACAAUGUUCAUCAUUCCGUAAAUAAUUUUUUUCUUUAUGUGAUUUUUGCUUCAUUGUAAUUAUGGAUUCUACUUUGUCUGUUUCUAAGGGCUGCUUCGUGUUGAAGCCGGAGCGUGCCGCGAAGCACAGGCAGCCUGGUCACCAGCAGCAGGCGUGGCACCGGGCCUUCAGGGCGUGCUGGCGGCUGGUGGAGGACAAGACACAGGCCAUACACAACACUGCGUUCUCGGAGGUGCUGGGUCACGUGGUGGGCUACCUGAAGCACUGUCGCUCGGACCCCGUGCUGGCGGACGUGGUCCCGGCCGUGGCGCUCCUCACAGGUGUGAGCGUGCCGGACCACGCCGCGCUCUUCGCGGCCGUGUGCACGGAGCUGCGCGAGCAGGUCACCCCGCACGUCGCCAGCCUGCGCGGCGACGACUGCCGCUCGCUCAAGGCCGCGCUGGAGCGCCUCGUGUCGCAGUUCAUCAGUGGCGGUCAGGAUCUGGACGAUACUAUAACGGAGCUCAAGGUCAAGAAGAGUAAGUGCACCUUUGCUGUUUUGUCAGCGUGGUACAAGUCUGAGUCAGUCAAACUGGCAGAGAGCGAUGCCUUAUCCACACAAGUGUCUCCCUUUCGACCAGGAUCCAUCAAAGAUGGACAUUUGCUGGGAAACACUCCGAUCUCGCGUUCCUCCGGAUUCAUGAGCGGUACAGCUGGUUCAGUAACUAUUGCUGGCAAGCAAGAGGUUGUGACUGACGAACAUUUAAUGGGAAAGUUAACCUCACAGUCGCCUUUGAACAGUGCAAAGAAGCUCACGAGUCCCUUCAAACUAUUAUACUCACCCACCAGAUCACCCAGGAAGCUAAUGAUCGCAAAGAAGCUUCUGUUGCAAUCUCCGGAAUCCAGUAAAACCAACACAAGUUCUCACUUAAAGUCAUCCAGUUGUUCAUCACGUUCAAAAAUGUCAAAGAAAUCAAAGGUGUAUAGUCCUUGCAAGUAUGAAAGAGUGGCUCCACCGUCAAAAUCUCAGUUCAAAGUUCAGACUUUGAGCACUAGUUUGUGCAGAGUAAAAACUGAUCUGUUUGAGGCAUUUGGUGGUGCGGACUGCUCGGGCAGUGAUGAUUCUCCAUCGGAGCGCGGGGCGAAGUCGCAGAAGAGCCCUGCCAGGUCGCCCGGAAGACCGCCGUGCACCGAGAGAGGUUCGCCCAGGGGAUUCGGGAGGGAUGUUUUGUCGGAGUACGAUAUUCGUGAGAGUGUCGUCGUGCUGACUCCCUUGAAAGGAGACCUGACGCCCUCGCCGCGGAGCAGAGGCGAUGAGGGGCGCGGGCGGAGGCGACGCUCGUGCAAGCGGCCGGCGCCGGCCGGCCGGCCCGAGUCCCCGGACGCCAAGCGGAGGAGGAGCGUGCACGCUGCCCCGAGCCGGGCCAGGGCGCUCGGCAGGAAGCCUCCGCUCGUGGUCGUGGUGCCCGACUUCGAGAGCUUCUCUCCCGCCGUGCUGCAGGACCUGAUCCUGAUAGCGAGCGGCCAUGUGCAGGAGCUGCCCCUGGUGUUCGUGUUCGGGGUGGCGACCACAGUGGCCGCGGUGCACCGCAGCCUGCCCCAGCACGUGUCCUCCCGGGUCUGCCUGCGGGUGUUCCAGUCGCGCCCCUCCCUGGGCCUGCUCGACCAGGUGGUGGACCAGGUCGUCUUGUGCAGCGAGUGCCCUUUCAUGUUGGGCGGCCAGACCUUCCAACUACUCUCCGACCUCUUCCUGUGCUACGACUUCUCUGUGCAAGCGUUCGUCCAGCGCCUCAAGUUCUGCAUGCUGGAGCACUUCCAGCGGGGCGGCGCGGAGCUGUGCUGCCCCCCGGGCCAGCUGCGCGAGGCCGUGGCGGCGCUGCGCCACGAGGACCUGGACUGCCUGCGCGGCCUGGGCUCAUUCCGCCGCCACGUGGAGUCGCGCCCUCACCCCGAGCAGGCGCCGCUGCUCACGGACGACCGCCUCUUCAGGAGGGAGCUGGAGAGACUACUGCGCAGACUGCACAAGCACGUGCGUCUGUUCCACAACGCGCUGCGCUGUCUGCACGCCCUGACUGCCGCCUUGCCCAGAGCUCCACUCGGCAAGAACCUGCGCGAGCUGUACGCCGUGGCGGUGUGCUCGCCCGUGGCGGAGACGGCGCAGUACGCCGAGUGCCGGCGCAUGCUGCAGCUGCAGUCGCGGGAGGAGCUGGAGGCGCGGCUGGUGGCCGCUAGCACGGCGCUGGCGGGGCGGGAGCUGGGGGAGCUGGCGGAGCGCCUGGAUCGCUGGGUGGAGCAGCUGCAGGCGCUGGGGGACGCCCCGGCCCGGAGCCCCCCCGCGACCCCCGCGAGCCCCCUCAAGAGCCCGGCCCGGCACCACGCCCGCUCCCGGCUCAGGCAGCGAAUCUGGGAGAUGGCGAGGAAGGAGCGGCCGCCCUCGGCCUACGAGCGGCUGCGGGGGCAGGUGCUGGAGGGCCUGAUGGGGGAGGCUCUGCCCCCGCUCCUGGCGCCCCCCUCGUCGCUGCCGCUCCACGAGGUGCUGCUGUUCGACGAGCCGUCUGUGAGGCGGCACCUGGCGCCGGCCCCCCGGGCGGCGCUCCACUCGGCGCUGGGCGACCCCCGGCGCUACCUGCUGUGCGAGUGCUGCCGCCUGCCGGAGCCCUCGGCCAUCUUGCAGACCAUGCCAGACGUCUGCAUCGCGUACAAGCUGCACCUAGAGUCGGGCAGGUUGGUCAACCUGUACGACUGGCUGCAGGCGUUUGUCGCCGUCGUCAGCCCGGGCGACGGGGAAGAGUCGCGCGAGGUGGAUCCCCGCCUGCAAGCUCGCUUCACGCAAGCUGUGUCCGAGCUGCAGUUCCUGGGGUUCGUCAAGGCGUCCAAGAAGAAGACGGACCACGUCAUCCGGACAACCUGGGGCGCCUGCUGAGUCCUCGCCCCGUCUCGCGGGGUGUGACUACCGUGUGCUGCCACUAUUGAACAGUCCUUUUACUGCACCAGCGAUUAUCAGUUCUCGGUUUUACCAGUUCUAGGCCUUAAGAAACAAAUAUAACUUUGGGGCUUCUGAAUAAUCAGAAGGUUGAAGUUGUAAAAAAAAAUUUUUUCAACUUCCCCCCCCCCCCCCCCCCCUCCCCUCCCCCAAGAAAUUGUUUUUGUUGCUAGGUUGCUUAUGUUAGUAAAAUUUAAAUUUUUUUUUUUACAUUUGAGAAAUACUUUCUUUUUUUUUUAAACAGGAAAGACACAACCCUUGCUAUAAAGUAAAUUCUUAAUCUCAACAAGAGCAAUUUAAUAGAUUGUUAUAUAUCUGAUCCAUAUGGCCUUCACAUUGGGACAUUGAGAAAUUACAAGUGAGUAUGAACAGGCUGUAGAAGAUUCAAUAUAAGAUUUAUAGUUCCUAGAAAUGUGAAACUUGUAUAAAUUACUUCUUAUUUUACCUUUUAGGUUGCAAAAAAUACGUAGUUACCGUAGUUACCUGCUUAUGGGUCGCAUGUGUUAUGCCGAUUUUUAGUGUAACAAAAUAUUCUGCAAUUCAUAUGCAAACAUUUUUUUGGGGUUAAAAAAAAUAAUAUUGUACUGUGUUGUUGAGUAUUGCAUUGCAUAUAUAAUUAACCUAAGUUGGUUUUUAACUUUUUAUUAAGUAUAAAUUGUUAAUCAAAACAUCUCGGCAGUUGCACGACGCUCCAUGAACAGCGCAGUUAUUGUAGCUGUGCCGUGGCUGUCAGACACCGGCAAGUGACUCGUCUGUUUGAAAUUUAGGGGAAUUUCCACCCCUCUUUCCCAGGGGCACAGUCGACCCCGGAGCAAAUUUCCACCAUGUCCCGACCUCAUGGAUAAAAAAAAAAGCCUGGUUAUUACACACGGCUCAAAAUUAGUGUUUUUUUGGCCUUCUGACCUCCGCCCGCCCUUAACAUUACGGUCUCCAAAAUAUUGUAUUGUCAGAGGUUAUUUAUAUCUAUGCAAACAUUUCAACACAUUCAGAUGUUGAAAAGUGGGAAAGUGGGUAAAAAUUGAAUGGAAAGAUUUUAUUACAUAGUUCAGUCAUUCAUACAUGCAGGUCAAGCUAAUAAAUGUGUGGUAAAAACCUGUCAAGAUAAACACGUGAAUAUUUUCUAAGGACAAUACAGCCAGCAAUGAGAGUGGUUUGGGGUGGUGGCCCCAUCAAUGUCUACAUGGCCACAUGCACUUUCACCCCCCCCCUUCCCCCCCCCCAUGUCACUUACUGACAACCACCGGCGGACGUAGCAUAACGGCACAGUUUAAUGUACUUCACACGCACUGCUGAGAUAUUUUAAAUAAGCAAUUUAUACUUACUCAUGGCGUUGUAUUUCUUAAAAACCAACACAAGGUACUACAGUAAGUCCUCUAUUUACGUUGUACCGAUUUACGUCGUUUCGGAUUAACGUCGCUAAUGUUUGAGUACUCAUGUUUCAAUUUAAGUUGUUGCCGAUUCACAAUAACGUCGUUUACAAUGACCGUAAAUCUUUAUUUUAACCAAAACACCGUAUAUAAUUCGUUUAUAAUUCUUUGUUUCCUUCAGUAGUUAAUUUAUGCUAUGUAGCGUAAGCUACACGUUCACCGCCUUAUCUUAUCAUACAUCAUGAUGGACGCUUCCUGCUCUCCGCGCGGUGAUGCAAUACUACCAGCCUGCCCGCUCGGCCACCCACGUAUCUUGCACGUAGAAGUGUUAUCUACUUCCCGCAACGACACAGCAUUUUCUCCUACCCCUUUUCUUCUAACUCCUUGGCACUUCAGUAGAGGUGUAAAAGUAACUAAAAAAAGUGUACCCGUAUGUACUCGUUACUUUCGUAUCAUUACUCGUUACUUCUGAUACCGCAUAACAUGCUAUGUAAUGUAACAGCAACGAAUCGAGUCGUAUUUCGUACGCGUACAGUAUGACGUCGCGUAAAUAAUAAUAAAUCGAAUAUAAACAAUUAAAAGUUUUUGAUAAUUAACAGCUUUUGUUAACCAAGAAACAAUAAAAUCUCAUUAGAGCAGCUUUAUUAUAAUAUCUCUUUUAAGAUAAGAACAAAAAACGUGAAAAUACGCGAUAAUAAAAAACAAAAACAUACAUAUUUAUAAUUUGUAAAAAAUACUUUCUUACGUUGUUUCUGUUCCAAUCUCAAACUUUGUCUACACACACAAUACCUUUAAUAAACAGUAAAAAACUUGGACGACGAAUUUCCAAAUUAUACUUUUCUUAAUAAACAAACAUCGUUCUUUGUAACGAAUAAGCGCGCGCAUGCGUAAAACAUACGAAAAAUGCGAGUAACGAAAUGCAUUCGUGUGCAACGUUUCGUUACUCGUUACUAGAUGCCGCACCCGUUACUCAGUAACGAAUACAUACGGUUUGCUACAGCUCUACACUUCAGUCGCUAUGAUAUCAUUGAGUUGGCCGGAGUUUUAAACGUGCCGUUGUUAACUUUAUCGUGAUUAAAUGCGUUUGUAGUAGGCCUACAGUAUCAGCUCACUGCAAUUUAUGAUUUUUUCUUCAUAAGAUGUUUUCCAAACGACUAUAUGUCUGUUUUUAUAUUUCAAUCAAUAAAGGUAAUAAAGCAGCUGGUUAAAUAACCAUUCUAUAAAGCUGAGAAGUACGAGUUGGACUUGUUUCCCACGCUGUCGGUUGUAAUUUGCUGAUAAAAUUGCCCGUUGUCACGUCUGUAUGCCAGCGCUUCCGGCCGACCUUGGGCCGUGGUCGGCCGGUGGCAUGAAACAUGGCUCAUUUUGCGUCGUUUCUAUUUACGUCGCAGUUUUCAGGAACGUAACCCCGACGUAAACCGAGGACCUACUGUAGUUACUUAUAUGCACAUAUUUAACCACAUAUUUGUAAAUUUAAUUCAAAAUAAACUUUUAUUCUAUUUUAGUGAAAAAUUGGGGUACCAGGCACAAGA